AUGAACGGCCCAGAUCAUUCCGAGUCAGAGGGCGUUGACAGUGGGGGAGAGGGGUUUGUGGUUCCUCGGCUGGGCCAUGAGGAGCACGGGGCGGGGGAAGGGGAGGAGGGCAAGAAGGGGCAGGGGAGGGGUGAGUCUAGGCGCGCGCAAGAGGAGGAGUUUAGCAUGAACCUGUGGCUCAUGGGGAGCGGCAACGGGGGAAGCAGCACCACCAGCAGCACCGCCGGUUGGUUUCCCGCGAGCAGCUCGCAGACGCAACUCACUCUUGCUGCCCCGGGCUGCGUGCUCGCCCCCUCCUGGAGCAUCAGCGGAUUCUCAAACACCCAAUCGCAAGGAGAUGCGGCGGGGAAGGAAAGGGAGGGGAGAGCAGGAGCGGAGGCUGAGGUAGAAGGGGGUGGUAGGAGUGGGGGGGAAGCAGAAGGGGGGGAUGACGCAGCAGAAGGGUGGCACCCCACGCCUCCCGCGGUGGUUCAGAGCCCUUUCGGGGUUUCCGCGCACCUAGAGGGGCCAGAAACGGGGCAAGCGGAGGAGGGCGGGGACAUGGAUCGGUUGUGGGAGGAGCUGUACGUGCAGAGGGAGUGUGUGUCGCAGCCGUCCUCCCCCAAAGAGUCGAGAGGCGCGCUGCCCGCCAUCAAGCGCCUGCUUGUCGCGCGGAGGGAGUCUGUGCAGCGCUCAGACAGCCUGGCCAGCACGGACAGCCGCAGCAGCAUCUCACGCCACGCCACUGUGGGGAAUGACGGCUGGCAGCAGCUGGAGGUUGGGGUUGGGGAGGGAGACGUACCGCGGCAGCGGCGGCGGCGGCGGCAUUCUAUGGACUCGAUCCACCUGGAGGCCGCGGGGUUGAAGCAGAGAGCCGCGAGCGAGCUCGCCUUGCACCGCUCUCCGCCGUCGCCGUUAAGCUCGUCCUCUCAUGGCCCCUCCCUGCGCGCUGCAGAGGGCGCCCAUGCAGGGUGGCACGGGCAGCCGGGUGUGAGGAGUGGAAGGCCAAUUCCAGUGGCUCGUCCCGUCCCGUCGCCGCUACAGCCGCCCUCUCCUCGCCUGCCGGCGAUGCGAUCUUCUCCGCUCAUGAGCUACGAGCACCCAGAUCUAUACUCCCAAUCAAUACAGUCGCUUCAGUCAAGGCUGUCGCCUCAGUCGAAGCAGUCGCCUCGGUCACGGCAGUCCCCUCAGUCGAGCAAUCCUCCGCAAUUGAAGCAGUCCCCUCCGCUAAAGCAGUUCCCACCAUCAGUGCAGCCCGCCUCCAGUGCAUCGCCCCGCCGCCGUGCUGAUGUCCCAAUCCAUGCCCCGAAGCAGCAGCAGGGCAUCACAGCCGCACCUCCGGGCCAUGAGGGGCGAGAGGAGGAGAAGGCGUGCAUGCGUGUUCUGUCUGGGGAUGGCUCGUGUGUGAGUGAAUCCGGCAGCAUGCGCAUCUACCAUGUCCCUUCUAAACCCAUGGCACCCAGCAGCACCGCUCCUGAUCGUUACAGCCUGCAUAAGAAGCAGCAAAAGUGGCAGCACAGGUCGGCCCUUGAGCAUAUCCAAGAAAUUGAUUACCUGGCGUUUAACUAG